GGAAGAUGGCUACAGUACCAAUUUCAGUGUGGAAAAGAUGUUCCCAUUCGCAGGGCUAGGAGAAGUGCCACUGCCCUUCGACAAGCGACCGGUUGUUCAUGGCAGAUCAGGCGGCGCGGGACGCAUGGGAUGCAAUGAGGUUUCCGGAAGAUGGCUACAAUACCAAUUUCAGUGUGGGAGAGAUGUUCCCAUUCACAGGGUUAGGAGAAGUGCCACUGCUCUUCGACAAGCGACCGGACGUUCAUGGCGGAUCAGGCGGCGCGGGAGAAGGAGGUGACGCAGAUAUGGAGGAGGAUAUGAAAGCGAGACUUCGUGGAGAACACCCGGAGUCUUCUGGUCCAAUAUCGCUGAAGGACAGGGCUUCUUUGGUGGCUUUGUCCAAGUGCUUCCCUGUCAUUAAGCACUCGGUGAUGGACGACAGGAUACAUAAAUCCAAAGAAGCGGAGAAAGCACUAAAAGAGGAGAAGAACCGUUUGGAGAUUGCGAAGCAAAAAGCCAAGGAUGACAAGGAGGCGAAGCGAGAAUGGAAAAUGGAGCAGCUAUUAGCCAAGCACAAACAAACGCUGCAUGAAGAAUUCGAGGUGAUGUUCGAAAAACGAUUGCGGAAUGCCAUCGUGUCUCAGAGAGCAGUGAAGGGAAAGGACAAGGUGGAAUCCAGCGAGGAUGAGGAAGAGGAGGAAGAGAUGGGGGACCGAUUGGAGAAGAGGAAGCGCCAACCAACUGUAUCAUGUAUGAUUAAUCCUCCGGAGGAAUCUCCGUCGAAGGUGGGGAAAGCCUCCACGUCGGUACAUCGAGGAGCUCAUGAGGAGCCGUCCCCAAGACUGGGUGUCCCGAGAAGGAGCAGAGUGGAUGGUGAGAGGGAGAGGAUGUAUCCUUAUGUGGAUUCCCCGCUAUGGGAGGGCGCCCCCUCAGCUGAUGAGUUUACGGCAACAAUGGCGUUUAGGAAAGUGAUCCGGAAAUUUGGCAAGAAACUGAAACCUACGAUUGAGGAGAUGUGCCGCGAAGCAGGUGUUGUGUAUCACGGUAGACCCAAGGCAGUGGACGAACUGGUGGAAAUCAGAGUUAUGUACUUCAACAUCGAUGGAAAUCAACCUCCAGCAGUAGCACCAAGGCAAAUAACUCCGAGGCAGCGAGGUGGCGGAGUUGUCAUCAGAGAAGUACGGGAGACCUUGCGCGAGAUAGCGCCGGACCCGUUAGCUGACGUGCCUGCCCCAGGAGGUAAUGACCCCCGUAAUAACGGAUCGGUGGAAUGAACUUCGUAAGUGCCUGCGUUUACAUAGGUUAUUUAAUGUA